AAAAUAAAAAUGAUGUUCUUCAAGUAAGAUAUAUAAGUUGUAUUCUUUAAGCUUCUAGCGAUUCUUUGCUGGUUUAGGUUCGGUUUUAGACCCUUUACUGUCUUAAGAAAACUGUACAUUAGAGAUGAUUCUUGAUGAAGACACCUUAUAAGAAAUCAAAUUAAAUGGAGCAUCCAAGUUUGGAAAUUUGUAAGUCUUUUUUAUUUAUUUAAGUGUUAUAAAAAACAUAGAUACAUUUAAUAAGAUGAUAGGAUACUUGUGUGUUAAUGAAGAUGAGGAAUAUAACGAGAAGACUUAGAUUAGGUAAAAUGAUUUAAUUAAAAAUGAUAAGAUACCCCUUUAUGAUAAGUGAGGCAAUAGGGAAUGAGAAUGGCGUAAUCAUAGAUUAUCUAUUCGAAGCAGAUAAAUCUAAUCCAAAUUAUGAGUAAAAUGAAGAACGCAGACAAGAAUUUUUACCAAAGAUUUUUGAUAUAUUGGAUAGAGAUUAUUUGAAUGUGACUCUUGCUGGAUAUAUAUCUAAAGUAGUAUGUGGAAUCAUCAGAAGAAGAGGUUAUGAUGUAUAAAUGAUGAAUAUAUUUUAAAGCUAUGGAGAUUUCUUUCUUAGCCAGAACAUAAAUCAAUUUUAAGUAAUUUGAUUAAGAAUUUGGAUGUAUUUCAUAUAGCUGAAAUAAUUGAAAAAUUAAUCAUUUUAGAUACUAAUCAAGAACAAUAAGAGAAUCAAACUAAUUUUUAAGAAGAGAGAAGUGAUCUGUUACGUAGAGUGAUUAGAGUAUUUGAAUAUAAGACUCAUUAAAAUGACAUCACUGAUAAUUGUAGUCAUAUAAUAAUAGAAAUCUUAAAUAAAUCAGAAUUAUUUCUUUCAGUUCUUAACAUUCCUGAAAAACUAUUUGCUAUAGCUGUAACAUAUAAUAAUAUUUUUAGUUAAAUUCUAGUUCUGGUGCUGUAGUUUCUGUACUGAUCACAUUAUUGGAAGCCAUUCAUCGUUAUGUGUAAUAACAAUAAGAAAAGAAUCCCUCCUUUUAAUUAAGUUAUAAUUAAUUUUAUCCAAUUGCCUAAGAAUUCAAGAGUGCUUUGCUUGCUGAAAAAAUAUCUAUCAGUAAUUUCACUUCCUUAUUCAAGGUGCUUUUAAUACUACAUAUGGAAUAUCACAAUAGCCUUUUAGUUAGAUGAAGUUGAAGUUGUUACAAUUAUAUUUAUCUAUCUUGAGAAUCAAUAAUGUUGAAUUGAUUGAUCAAUUCGAUCAUAAAGGUAUUUAUGAAAUACUAAUGAAAUUUGUUAUUUAAUAUGAAUUCAACAAUCAAUUACAAAUUCACUUUUUCGACAUUACAACCUUUAUUUUUGAUAGACCACAAUUUGAAAAUGUAUAAGAAGAUUUCUUAUCCCUAAAUCUUAUUCAAUUCAUAAUUAAAUAUAAUACAUUUGAAAAAGAAAAUAUUGGAUCAUUAAAUACAUAAAUAAGAAGAGGAUAUGUUGGAAUAUUAAGUAAAUUAAGUUAUUAUUUCCUAAAUAAAAUUUAAAAUAAUUAAGAAUGGAAUUAAUAUAUUGAACAAGUACUUGAACCUGUUAGAAUUAUUGAAAAUUAAUAUAUGUUAGGAGUCAAUCCUAAACCUAAAAUUUAAAUGGAUACAAAUGAUGAAAAUAUGAAUGAAAUGUUUAAAGUAUUAUAUUAUAUUAUUAAUAUAUAGAACUUUCAAAAAAUCAAAAAUUCUCAAAAUACUCAAUAAACAUAAAUUUAAUAAUAAGAUCAAUAACCUUCUUUGGAAGUUGAAGAAGAUACAGAAGAAAUAUAAAAUACAGAUGAUUAAGAUGAAAAUGUUAAUCAUCCUUAAAAAGAUGAAACAUAAGAAAUUUAAGAAACUAAUUCUAAAAAGCCCGAAAUGAUGAUUGAUGUUGAUGAAGAAGAACUUGAAAAAGUUAUCAAUAGUCCAGAAACAAGUCCUAAAGUUGGUAAUUUUAAUAUUCAUAUAUAUUUUAGUUGAAUAAAUUAUUUAAUUCUAAGAAUAAAAUUUAAAAACAUCCCCUUAAGCUAGUGAAAUUAUAACAGAUCAAACUGUUAAUAAAUAUUGGAAGGCUCAUGAAGGUUAAGAACAUUAAGAACCUGGUAGAAAAAGUUCAUAAGAUGAUAUUCAUAAACAUUUACCUGAUCAUCAUGAUAAACACAAAUAAGAAGAAGUUGUUAAUGACCUCUAAGUAAAACAUGAAACAGAAUUGAAAAUUGAAUCUCAUGAAGAUAUGAAAGUUGAAGUUUAAGAAGUUAAAGUUGAAGAAAUCAAUUCACCUGAAGAAAAAUAAUAAUAAUAAGAAUUAUAAUAAGUAGAAUAAUAAGAAUAAUAAUAAGUAGAAUAAUAAUAAGAAUAAUAAUAAGGAGAAUAAUAAUAAUAAUAAUAAUAAUAAUAAGAAGAAGAAGAAGAAGAAUAAUAAGAAGAAGUAAUCAGUUGA